GCUCCCGAGGCCGUUAAAGAAGUUUCAGCCGGAGCAGGUUCUUCGGCUUUCGUUCCCAAGCGGCGGCGAGUAUCUACUACACCUGUCCGAGAGCCCAUGGAAGUCGUUGUGGAUGUCUACGCAGUGGCAGGGGCCGGGCAUCUCGUGAACGCUGCGUUUGAUCCGGAUGAAGCAGUCUAUCUCAUCCAGUUCAGAGACCCGUCGCCCAAACCGAAUGUGUUUUUCAAGAUGCUGGAUGCUCUUACCGAAUUUUUGCGGUCAGACAUGUUACCCGAUUUCGGACCCGAUUUGGACACGUUGGUCCAGCUCACGAACAGGACCGAUCAAGACCUCUCUGGAGUCCUGGGCUCCUGGCCAGUGGGACAAGUGUCGACAGCAGCAGAGGCGUCAAGUGCUAUGUCCAUCACUGCAGCCGCUCCGCCGCAUUCGAAUGGCCACAUCACAGUGCAGGCCUUCCCUGGAACCGGAGAUGCGCAGCACCGCUGUCGGCUCGUCGUUAGUGGAAAUACGUUUCCACUUCGGGACGUCCUUGUCAGUUGGGAGCGUACGCAGAGCGGUGAUCGUGUUAUCGAGAUAAGCUCCAGCGAUGCACCGGCGUUGGAUGAGUUGGCGUUGCUGGCAAAAGUGUUUCAUGUGCUGCGGAUGGAGCCAGGGACCGAGAGUUUUGAGACGGCGCUGCAGCUGCGAUUGAAGCCGUUGGUGCCAGGCAGAGAUGCUGGGACACAUGCGACGUGGACAGGUGCGCGUGGAGUCGCGCCGCACCGUGUAUGUGGCAACCAGGCUUUCACAGGAGGUGCGGACUUCACAGCGAAGGCAACAGCAGAUGCUUCGCUGAAGCGCCAGCGUGCUGCACAGCAAGAUGCUUUGACGAACAUGAACACGGAUUUGGUCGCGUCUUUGGUGCAACUACGUGGGGCGGGGGGCUCCGCGAAGGCGCAACGUCGAGAUGCGCGGCUCGGCACGGUAGAUGGUUAUUCACACAUAACAUUGCGUAAGUAA